AUGGCCACUUCCCCUCUCAAGGUUGCUAUCUUGAUUGUAUCAACGACGGCAUCCAAGAACCCAGCCUCAGACAAAUCCGAGUUGGUCCUGAGAGAUGUCAUAGAAGCCGAAGGUGGAAGCCAGUGGGAGGUCGUCGAGACCAAGAUCGUGUCAGACCAUGUCCCUCAAAUUCAGCGUCAGAUCAUGCUCUGGGCCGAUCUCGGUGCCGAUGCUGUCAACCUCAUCGUAACCACUGGCGGGACAGGUUUCGCUGUGACGGACCAUACACCUGAGGCCGUCGGUGCUUUGCUGCACAGACAGGCUCCCGGCAUAGUCCACGGCAUGCUGGCCACAUCGCUGGCGGUGACACCUUUUGCCAUGAUGUCUCGGCCAGUCGCUGGUGUGAGGCACAGCACCGUUAUCGUAACUUUGCCAGGCUCGCCAAAGGGCGCCAAAGAGAAUCUGCAGGCCAUCCUGAGGACGCUCCCACAUGCCUGUCUUCAGGCUGCAGGCGUAGACUCCAGAGCCCUGCACUCAGGUGGCGUCAAAAAGCUGGAAGCCGAUGCUGGUAUCAGUGCGGGUCAAUCAGCCAGCUCACAGUCUCACGGAAACAAUCAUUCUCAUAACCACGGUCAUGGCCAUAGCCACAACCACGGUCACGGCGGCUUGGUCAGACAUACCGGAAACCAGCCGGUAGUUUCGAACGACCCGAGCCUGGGACCUACCCGACGGUAUCGAGAGUCGCCCUACCCUAUGUUGGCGGUAGAAGACGCCCUGGUUAUCAUUGAGCAGCUCACGCCGGAAGCCGACAUCGUUUCUCGCAAGGUGGAUGCUGGCCUCAUCAACGCAGUGUUGGCAGAAGACGUAACGGCCAACGAAAACGUGCCCGCUUUCCGUGCCAGCAUUGUUGAUGGCUAUGCUGUUAUCGUUCCCAAAGACGGUAACAUGAAGGGCGUGUACCCGGUGACUGCGGUGUCGCAUGCUGCCCCGAGCGAGAUCGGCACCCUCAGGGAGGGCGAAAUUGCGCGCAUCACUACGGGGGCUCCUCUGCCACCCGGGGCCACGUCUGUCAUCAUGGUCGAGGACACUCUGCUCAGAACUAAGACAGAUGACGGCAAAGAGGAAAAGGAGGUGGAGAUUCUUGCAGACGGAGUGAAGCCUGGCGAGAACAUUCGUGAAGUCGGCAGCGACAUCAAGAGGUCAGACACUAUUCUCCGCAAGGGCGAACAGAUUUCUGGCAUUGGCGGCGAGAUUGGCCUUUUGGCUGCCGUUGGCGUGGCCUCGAUCAAAACCUACAGAAGGCCCGUUGUGGGUGUUUUGUCCACUGGCGACGAGAUUGUCGAACAUGACCGAGAAGGCGAGCUUCGUCUCGGCGAAGUCCGCGACACGAAUCGCGUCACCCUUUUGGCGGCUGCCAAAGAGCGAGGCUUUGAAGCCAUCGACCUCGGGAUCGCACGCGAUCGGCCUGGUGCGCUGGAAGAGACGCUGCGCGAGGCCCUGCGUAAAGUCGACUUGCUAGUCACAACAGGUGGUGUGUCUAUGGGAGAGCUGGAUCUGCUGAAGCCGACUAUUGAGCGAUCUCUCGGCGGCACCAUCCAUUUCGGCCGAGUGGAUAUGAAGCCCGGUAAACCGACCACAUUUGCGACUGUUCCGGUCAAGACCAACGCCGGCGAAAGAAUCUCAAAGCCGGUUUUCGCCUUGCCGGGAAACCCUGCAAGCGCGCUUGUGACCUUCAAUCUGUUCGUGCUGCCUGCACUGCACAAGCUGGCUGGUGUGGAACCUAGGAGCCUGUCCAAGGUGCCCGUGGUGCUGGCCCAUGAUUUCGCCUUGGACAAGGGGCGACCCGAGUACCAUCGUGCUGUCGUCACUGUUGGGAAGGACGGAACUCUGCACGCCAACAGCACAGGAGGACAGCGAAGCUCGCGCGUGGGCAGCCUUCGGUCUGCCAACGCCCUACUGUGUCUGCCGAAGGGCAACGGGCCUCUCAAGAAGGGGGCUCAGGUGCACGCGCUGUUGAUGGGUGGUGUACAAGCCGAUAUCUGA